AUGUAUUUGUAUUUAUCAAUCUGUUCAUAUCUCUCUCAAUCUGUUUCUAUCUAUCUAUCUAUCUAUCUAUCUAUCUAUCCCAGUUUCUUCAUCAUCGGCAGCAUCACUUCUAUGACGGGAUGUGUUGGGAGGGCCACCGUGUUUGGAGAGCCACCGUGUUGGGUCGGCCCCUGUGUUGGGAGGGCCCCCGUGUUGGGUCGGCCCCUGUGUUGGGAGGGCCCCCGUGUUGGGUCGGCCCCCCAUGUUGGGUCGGCCCCUGUGUUGUUGAGGGCCGCCGUGUUUGGAGGGCCCCCGUGUUGGGUGGGCCCCCAUAUUGGGUCAGCCCCUGUGUUGGGAGGGUACCCGUGUUGGGUGGGCCCCCAUGUUGCGAGGCCACCGUGUUUGGAAGACCCCCGUGUUGGGGGGGCCCCCGUGUUGGAAUUUUCUCGAUAUGGAGAGGACAGCUCGUCCGGUGUUCAGCUACACGGUAACCCACUCAACCCGGUGACCCACCCAACCCGGGGGCCCACCCAACACGGUGACCUUCCAAACACGGUGACCCACCCAACACGGGGGCCCACCCAACACGGUGACCCACUCAACCCGGUGACCCACCCAACACGGGGGCCCAACCAACACGGUGACCCUCCAAACACGGUGACCCACCCCAACACGGGGCCCACCCCACGUGACCCACCCAACACGGGGCCCACCCAACACGGUGACCCACUCAACCCGGUGACCCACCAACACGGGGCCACCCAACACGGUGACCCACUCAACCCGGUGACCACUGGGCACGGGGCCCACCCAACACGCAACAAAUCAUUGCGUUUCUCUUUUUGUCAAGCUUCUUUCAGCUUCAUUCAAGCUCAUCAUCUAGAGGGUCUACAGCCCUCUCCUAUUUCUCUUGCCCUCUUUAUGCCCUGGCGACUCAUUUAUUACGCAGCCCUUCCCACGCAAGGUGAAUCUCCUAUAUUCUUCAUUCAUGUGACCUUUUCUAUUCUUUUGCUUUGCUUCAUUUGCUUUUUCUUCUCUUUUAAUUCCUUUCAAGCUUUCUUUCUAUUCAUUCUAUUUUCUUUUCUUUUUAUUUCUUUUCUUUCUUUCUUUUUCUUUCUUUUCUUGCUUCAUUUAUUUUUCACUUUCUUUCUCUUUCACGAUAUUCUUGUACUUUUUUUAUAUUACUUUUUUAUUUCAUCCAUUACAGUGAAUCUUUUAAUUCCUUUCAAGUUUUCUUUCUCAUUCUAUUUUCUUUCUUUCUUUCUUUCUUUCUUUCUUUCUUUCUUUCUUUCUUUCUCUUUCACGAUAUUCUUGUACUUUUCCUACAUUACUUUUUUUAUUUCACCCAUUACCGUUUUCUUAUUGCGUCUAUUCUUCGUUCAUUUUUCGUAUUUCUCCUCUUCUUUCUUUUUCUCUUUCUCUUUCUCUCUCUCUCUAUUUUUCUCUUUCCCUUUUUCUCCCUUUAGAUUUUCUCCCUCUCUUUCUCUUUCCCUUUCUCUCUCUCUUUCCUUACUCGCUCUCUACUUCUUUCACUUUUUCUCUUUCUCUUUCUCCCUCUCUCUCUUUUUCUCUCUUUUUCUCUUUCCCUUUUUCUCCCUUUACAUUUUUCCCUCUCUUUCUCUUUCUCUCUUUCUUUCCCUCUGUCUCUCUCACUUUUUCUUUUCUUUUCCCUUUCUCUCUCUCUCUUUCUCUCUCUUUUUCACUUUCUCUUUCUUUUUCUCUUUCUCUUUCUCUCUCGCCUUCUCUUUCUCUUUUCUGUCUUUCUCUUCCUCUUUCUAUUUCUCACACUUUCUCUCCCGUUUCUAUUUCUCUCUCUUUCUAUUUCUUUUUCUCUCUCAUUCCCUUUCUCUCUCUCUCUUUCCCUUUCUCUCGAUCUUACUUUUCCAUUUCUUUCUCACUUUAUAUCUCUCUUUCUCUCUCGCUUUCACUCUCUCUCUUUUUCUCUCUCACACUUCCAAUCUUUCUCUCUCUCUUUUUUUCUUUUUUAUUUUAAUUUUUACGUCAUGUUUCUUUUUUUAUUUAUUUUAUUUCUUUCUUCCUUCGUUCAUUGUUUUCUUUCUUCUUUUUCUGCCAACUUUUUCCUCUUUCUUUCUUUCUGUUAAAUUCUUCUCUCUUUUCGUUACUUUCAUUUCCUCUUCUUUUUUUUCUUUCUUUCUUACAUUCUUUCUUUCUUUCUUUCUUUUUUUCAUCCUACUUCUCUUUCUCUUUAUUUUUUUCUUUCACUCUAAUCUUUCAUUCCACUUUUCUCCCUUUCAUUUUUACUUUCUUUCUCUCUUUCUAUCUUUCUCUCUUCUCUUUUAUUUUUCUUUCUCUCAGUCUCUUUUUUCCAACUGGCUACCUAUCUCAGUCUCUUCUGCCUAUGUUCACAUUCAUGCUCACUAUAUGUCUCUCUCUCUCUCUCUCUCUCUCUCUCUCUCUCUCUCUAUGCCUGUGUGUCAUAUAUCUGUGUGUCUCUAUAUAUCUGUGUGUCUCUGCAUAUCUGUGUGUCAACCUCCGUUCACAUCAUUAUUCUUGUCUCAUCUAUUUUUCAUUACUUUUCUCGUUUCUUUCUGCGUCUUCGCUAAAAAUUUAUUAUCUAUCUAUCUAUGUAUCUAUCUAUCUCAUUCCCUUUCUUUCUUUCUUUCUUUCUUUCUUUCUUUCUUUACUUCUUUCUUUAUAUCUAUCUAUCUAUCUAUCUAUCUACUUAAGUCUCUUUAUAUUUAUUUAUUCAUCUAUCUCGGUCUGUCACAUUAUCUAUCUAUCUAUCUAUCUAUCUAUCUAUCUAUCUAUCUAUCUCGGUCUGUUCAUCUCUCUCUCUCUCUCUCUAUCUCUCUCUCUCUCUCUCUAUCUAUCUAUCUAUCUCAUUCUCUUUCUUUAUUUCUUUCUGUCUUUCUUUACUUCUUUCUUUUUAUCUAUCUAUCUAUCUAUCUAUCUAUCUAUCUAUCUAUCUACUUAAGUCUCUUCAUAUUUAUUUAUUCAUCUAUCUCGCUCUGGCACAUUAUCUAUCUAUCUAUCUAUCUAUCUAUCUAUCUCGGUCUGUUCAUAUCUAUCUAUCUAUCUAUCUAUCUAUCUAUCUAUCUAUCUAUCUCAUUCUCUUUCUUUCUUUCUUUCUUUACUUCUUUCUUUAUAUCUAUCUAUCUAUCUAUCUACUUAAGUCUCUUCAUAUUUAUUUAUUCAUCUAUCUCGGUCUGUCACAUUAUCUAUCUAUCUAUCUAUCUAUCUAUCUAUCUAUCUAUCUAUCUAUCUAUCUCAUUCUCUUUCUUACUUUGUUUCUUUCUUUACUUCUAUUUCUUCUUAGCCUGCUUGCGUCUACAUAUCCCUACCUUGUCACUUUCUUUUUCUUUCUUUUUUAUUACCGUACAUACAUUUCUUUCUUUCUUUCUUUUUUUCUUACAUUCUGCCCCCACUCUAUUUCUUUCCUCCCCUCUCUCUCUCACUCUUGCUCUCUCUUAUUAUAACCAGACGGGACCACUCUCCUCCUACGCCUCCUCCUCCUCCUCCCUUUCUGCCUCUUCGUCAUAUCUAUCUAUCUAUCUAUCUAUCUAUCUAUCUAUCUAUUAUUAUUAUUAUUAUUAUUAUUAG